GAUGGGGGGCGGCGAUGGCGGCCGGGCCCGAGAGCCGCCUCAGCCCCCGGGUACCGCGCGGGGGGAGCCCGCCGCGUCCCCGCCACCCCCGGGCCCUGCCCUCCCCUCGCUGCUGCCCUCGCAGCCCGUGCCGGCGUUUCCCGGUCUCCUGGGGGGACAGCGGUGCGAGGGCCGCCUCAGCAGCCCCGGGGGAACGCACAGGAGCCUCAGGCGGAUGCGGGGAGUGCGGGGCGAGGCGGCGCCGAGCGGGCACCGCGCCCCGAGUGGCGGAGGGGAUGGACGGAGCGGUUUGCUUCGUUCCUGGAAAUCAAAAGAUCAAAUAUCUGGCUAUCGCAGAGCUCGCUCAUGAAGCUCGCAGCAAGGACAACGACCCUGUGUCCCACAGGCCCCUGGCUCUGGGCCCCAGUACUCCCAGGCAGGAUCCAUGUGUGGGGAGUUGGGGCAGGAUGGAGAGCCUGGGGCUGCCAGCAGUGACCCUUGGAGAUGGCACCACGGCCUACCUGCAGCAAGCUGGCAGAGGUGAAAAGCUGAUUGAAGGGCAAGUCAUUGAACUUGAAGAUGGGACCACAGCUUAUAUCCACCAGGUGACAGUUCAGAAAGAGGUUGUGGCUUUUGAAGAUGGGCAGCCAGUGGUGCUGGAGGAUGGCAGCAUGGCCUUCAUACAUAGCACAGCUAAAGAGAGUUACGAGCCUGGCACAUUCCAGGCUGUCCAGCUAGAGGAUGGCUCCACUGCCUACAUCCACCGUCCUGUCAUCUUGGCCCCUGGCAGCACCAUCCUGGAAGUGCAGACAGAAACUGGGCUGGAGGACUUGGCUGGGGAGGAGGAAGACAAUGGUUUUGAUGUGGACACCAUUAAUGCAUUGCAGCAGUACGUCAGGAAGGGGUCUGAUGAGGAAGAGGAGGGUGUGACAGACACCUGCUGUAUGAAGAGUAAGGACUCCAGCAACAUCCCUUCUCAGGAUUUGCAGGAGGAGGAGGCACAAAGGCAGAGGAAGGGGCAGCAGGUCGGCAGCAGAGCUUUCCGCUGUGGGUACAAAGGCUGUGGCCGCCUCUACACCACUGCCCACCACCUCAAGGUACAUGAACGUGCUCACACAGGUGACCGGCCAUACACAUGUGACUUCCCAAGCUGUGGGAAAGCAUUUGCUACAGGGUAUGGGCUGAAGAGCCACGUGAGAACACACACAGGUGAGAAACCAUACAAAUGUCCAGAAGACAUGUGCAGCAAAGCCUUCAAAACCUCUGGGGAUCUGCAGAAACACAUCCGCACACACACAGGUGAACGUCCCUUCAAGUGUCCCUUUGUGGGUUGUGGCCGCUCCUUUACCACGUCCAACAUCCGCAAGGUUCACAUCCGGACACACACGGGCGAGCGGCCCUACAUGUGUGCAGAGCCUGGCUGUGGCAGGGGCUUCACCAGUGCCACCAACUACAAGAACCACAUGAGAAUCCACACAGGGGAGAAGCCGUACCUGUGCACCGUGCCGGGCUGUGGGAAGCGCUUCACAGAGUACUCCAGCCUGUACAAGCACCACGUGGUACACACACACUGCAAGCCCUACACAUGCAGCAGCUGUGGCAAGACCUACCGCCAGACCUCCACGCUGGCCAUGCACAAGCGCAGCAGCCACGGCGAGCUGGAGGCCACCGAGGAGAGCGAGCAGGCCCUCUACGAGCGGCAGCAGCUGGAGGCUGCUGCAGCUGCUGACAGAGGCUCUCUACUGAAGAGUCAACAUAUUGCUUUCCUGUCAGAGAUGGAGGAAGAUGAAGAGGAAGAUGCUGUUCCUACACAAGUCUCGCUUAUCUCUCAGGAUGGGACAGAGCAGGUCAGUCUGUCUCAGGAAGAGCUGCAGGCCCUGGGCAGUGCCAUCGACGUGGUGACACAGAGCGGGGUCCUUGCUGUGCCCAAGGGAGAGCUGGCAGGUGGUGACACUGGGACCAUGACUGUGGCCAGCACUGAUGGCACUGAGGCACAGGAGUUGCUUCUGGGGCAGUGGUGUCAGAGGAGUCGGACGUUGCCCCGCUCUGUCAUCAGCAGGUGGCAUUGCUGGCCACCUCCCACGGCACCCACAUUGCUGUGCAGCUGGAAGAGCAGCAGAGCCUGGAGGAAGCCCUCAGCAUGGCCACAGCAGUCAUCCACUACGAGCCAGUGCCACCUGACACAGCCCUGCCUGACAAGGGGAGCUGAGGCCAGCGGAGCAGCCGGGCCAGGGGGAUGGCAACCCCAGCCUGCUGUGUGCAGGGGUGGUGGGUGCUGCAGGCAGGACACAGGGCAGGGACAGUGCCUGAGCCAGUGCCAGCACGUGCCCUGUGUCAGCUGGGACACUGGACAGGGCACUGUGGGGCUGCUGGGGUGACCCUGUCUGAAGGGCUCUUCCCUUCAGGGAGGGAGGGCAAAUAUACUGGACUGCUGCUUGCUCCUGGGCUCUGAGCAGCAGCCCUCUUUUGAAGGGCGUUUCCUGCCCUCUCCCUCUAGGAAUGGUCCAACAGGUCCCCUUUCUUGCCCACCCCUUCAGCUCAGGGGCAAGAGGGCAGCACAUGCACAGAAGCAGUAAAGGCCCAUCAGAGCAAGCCCAGGCUGUCCUGAGCUCGGUAUGGAGGGUGACCUGUUCCUGCUAUUGGAGCCAGCACUAGGAUGGUUCCAACAGCAGUUCUCCCAAUCUCUUUUGUUACACUUCCUUCUCAAGGAAGGCUUCCAUAGCAGAUUCCUUGACUGUGGAGCACAGCAGCCAGCAUUUGCCAGGAGCUGAGCUAGAUCUAGAUGUAAAUGUUGAGUUGAAAUAAAACCAAAAAUUUGGUUUUUAAAAGGACCCCUCUUCUCUUUGGUGGAAGCUGGGAGGGUAGACUGGAUGGUGAUGUUCAGCAGCUGUAAGAACUAAGGACAUUGAGGAGAUUUGUGGAAUUGGCCAAACAUGUCCUGCCCAGAGGAGGGCUGGGAGCAAGAUGAGCUGUACCCUCUGAGCCUUCUGUGUGUAGCUUGGAGGGGCUAAGAUGUGUCCCUGAAAUCUCACAUCAAGCCUCGGGUCUUCCAGGGAGCCCUGCAAGCCUAGAUUUAGGGAACUGUGUUUGUGAACACAUCCUACGUCCUCCCCCGAGCUGGAGAGAGAGACCUGGGCUGGUGUCC